AUGGGUCACACGAAGAACAAGACAAAGAACAUCAAGAAAACCCGCGGCCGCUCAACCUGGGCCAAAGGAUCCAAGCUCAGGUUCUUGAACGCUCGGACUGACGAUUGGCAGACUGCGACCGACCUCGAUAAGGUUAGCAAGUUCUAUUUGAAUGUGACAAAGCUCUUCAUCAAGAAGUACGGUUGGGAUCUACUGUUCGACCAGGAUGCUGAAGAUGAAAUCCCGGACCCACCUGAUGACUUGAUUAUCGAUUGGAUAGGCGACGAGCCUUUUGAUGACCCAAAGGAAUGCACUUACCAGGAAAUGUGCACUGAUCGGCAACUGGUUCCGCUACCACAAUCAAAAAAUCACCAAGGAUUGUCAAUGCUCGCGGAGCGUUCUGAUCCUUUCGACAUGCUCGAGCUCAGUCCCAAGCCGCCGCGUAAGCCUCGUCUCCUGCAGUACUACUCCCAUCUGCACUAUGCCAAGCACAUCAAGCCCCAUUUUGAUGAAGAAUGGGCCCGUGUCGAGUCGGCGCCUGUCCUUCCUGGCAAGAAGAAGCCGGCGCAGGUCAAAGUACGCAACAAAUUCACGGAAACGGCUUUCUUGAAUGAGUCAGAGGAAUUUCGUACCACUCUCAAGGCCGAUCUGGAGAACGAGCAUGAGGAACAGCUUAAGGCCUUCAGGAAUGGGCAGGCGGAGAAGAAGACUGCGCAGCAUUAUCACAAUGGGUUAGUUGACACGGCCAUGUACUUGCAGCCGCUCGCCAAUCUCAUCGCGGACAAGUUUGGGAUGUCGGUCUCCUUCCUGUUGGCUGGGCCCAUUCCUGAUCGCGGAGGCCAGAUAGAAGUUCGUAGCGUACACUCGGGGGAGAUGGCGGAGGUCAUUCCUCGGAAUUGGCCGGAGUUCGAUCGGCUCGGGUUUCACGAAGUCGAGAAUAUCAUGUUGCACUUUGCACGACGUUGCUUCACGGAAGCACAGCAACGGGAGUGGGCACUUCCGGGGACACUUGAUGACCAGGAGGCCUCGGAAGCCAAUUUCUUGGCUACCUCCGCCAAGCACACCCCCUCUGCAGUCCCAUCUGCAUCCUCCCCAUCCACCUCCGAUGCUGAACACGUGAUCUCAUCUCGCGUGGAGAGUUCCUCCACCUCUGAUGAUAUGGCCGCACUCACCAACUCUACUAGCCCUCCUCCUGAGAAUGCGACCUCGCUAGCUACCUCCACCUCGGCUCUCCCCGGACCCCGAUGUAGCAUCAGCAUCUUCUAG